AUGACGUUCAUUGAGAACCUUGCUGUCCCUAAGGGAUCAAUUGCCGUGAUCACUGGCGCUAAUGGCUACAUUGCGUCUCACAUCGCAGACCAGUUCAUUCGACAUGGGUAUAAAAGUGCUUGGCUUGUCCCACACUUUGAGAAGAAGUACGGGGUAGGGAAAUUUGAACUACACGUGAUUCCUGAUAUGCAGGUUGAUGGCGCGUAUGAUGAGGCUAUCAAAGGGGCAUCAAUUUUCGUACACACUGCUACCGUCAUCGACUUCAACGGCGACCCAGCCGAAGUGAUCGGAGGUGCAGUGAAAUGCGGAAUGGUCGCUAUCAAGGCAGCAUACAAGGAACCGAACAUGAAACGGUUCGUCCUUACUUCAUCAGCCUCAACUCUCAUGCCACUCAAGAAGGAAAACUUCUUUGCCCUAAAGGGCCAGACGGUGGAUGUGGACACAUUUGGUCACGACGCCAAGGAACUGGCUUGGGCGCCUCCUCCUUGGGGUGUUGAACACGGCGGAGCGAUUUACGGCGCGAGUAAGAUGGAGCAAGAGCAGAGCAUCUGGAAGUUCUACGAAGAGAACAAAACCAAUCGGCCAGAUAUCGUGGUGAACUCGAUUGUUCCAGACUUCAACUUUGGAAGAAGCAUUGACCCGUCUCAAACUGGAGGCUCGUCAUCGUUCGGCCUCAUCGUCGAGCUCUUUGAGGGAAAGACUCUUCCCGAGCUUUGGCAUCUUCCCCACUACUUCGGUGAACGCAUCUUCGCGUUUGCCUACCCAAUGAACUGGGACAUCAUCUUGAAUAUCCUUCGGAAGCAGAAUCCGGGGAGGAAGUUUGCCGAGAACUUCCACAAUGAUGAAUACCCUGUGACAGUGAAGCCCAUUGCGAGGGCAGAGAGCCUGCUGAAGAAGCUAGGCAGGCCGGGUUGGAUCUCUUUGGAGCAAAGCAUCGCGACCAAUACCGAGCACCUGAAGACUCUGGACAAUGCAUAG